AUAAAUAAUAAUAUUAAUAAUCUUAAUCGCUUUCCCUGCUUUUCUCUCUUUAUCUAUAUAUAUAACGAAAGUUCUUUAAGAAUUCAAUUCUCCUCGUCUCUCUCUUCCUAUCCGAACAACAAAAUCGUUCCAUUUGAUCGUCAGAAUUAGAAGCUGAUAAACCAUGGGGGGUGGAAAAGAUAAACAUGAUGAAUCUGACAAAGGUUUAUUCUCGCAUCUGGCUCAUGGUCUUGCUCAUGGAGCUGGACAUCCUCAUGGAGGAUAUCCACCCCCUGGUGGGUAUCCCCCACCUGGAGGGUAUCCUCCAGCCCAUGGCUAUCCACCCCAAGCAUAUCCCCCCCAACAUGGCUACCCCCCGGCUGGCUACCCUCCGAGUGCUUAUCCUCCUGGUGCAUAUCCUGGUCCCUCUGCUCCACACCAUUCAGGGCACGGCAUGGGAGGAAUGCUGGCCGGGGGUGCUGCCGCUGCAGCAGCUGCAUAUGGAGCUCAUCAUAUUGCUCAUGGUGCUGGUCACUAUGGUGGUGCUGGUCACUAUGGUCAUGGUGGAAAAUUCAAGCACCAUGGGAAGUUCAAGCAUGGGAAGUUUGGUAAGCACAAACAUGGGAAGCACGGCAUGUUCGGUGGUGGAAAAUUCAAGAAAUGGAAGUGAUUCUUUUUUUUCUGCCAUCUGAUCUUUUCACCGAGCCUUCUUUCUUCAGUUGCUUUCAAGAAUGGCGUCGGUACAGUUAGUGGCCUACCACCUUCUUCUCUAAUUUCUGUAAUGUCUUAAAGACUCUGGAUUUCGUAUGUAUUCACUCUUGUUGUUUUAACUACCGUUUUUAUGGCUUCUGUACUCUUGCUGCUAGACAUCAAUAAUCUGGAUAUUUCCAGUUUCCACCUUAUUCUCUUCUCAUUGUAAAUUCUUUUUGUUUCAACCUUAAUCUAAAAUGGAUGUCCAGUUACAGUUAUUUUGCUUCA